ACCCGCUUCUCAACAAAAACAAAUAUCCAACGGGUUCACAUUUAUUGCCUGAAGUUAUUAAAGGUUCUAAAUGUUUAUAAGAAUGAAGAAAUCUCAAGACAGUGGCAGUAAAGUAUCACUUACCUCAGUUUCCAAUUUUACUAUUCAGUCAAUUCUUGGAAGUGGUUCCGAGGACGCGCACAGGGACAGUUUUCAUUCCAGCUCCAGCGCCGGGCUGCUGCAGAGACAACGCAUGCGCUCAGUGUCUUCAGAAGGAUUCAGCGGUGGAGAGGAUUCUCCAGACUUCUACCUUUCACCCGGAGUAAAGAAACCACGCUAUGAUCUCAACGAGCUCACACUUUCUCGUCUAAGUGACAAAAACAGACUAAUUCUGGGGCAAGAGAUGGUGAAGAGACAUCAACUUUUUCAUGAUUAUAAAGAAGGUGACGAGAGAUACUACAACCAAACAUCACCUGCUAUUUCAGAAGAAAAUGGUCAUAUUGACGACGACAAAACCUCCAAAUCAUCCAGAAAGAAGUCUCGGACCGUAUUCUCACGGAGUCAGGUUUACCAACUAGAAUCGACGUUUGACAUGAAACGUUACCUCAGCAGUACAGAACGAGCUAGUCUCGCCUCCAGUCUCCAGUUGACAGAGAUACAGGUGAAAACGUGGUUCCAGAAUCGGAGGAACAAGUGGAAACGUCUGCUUUCUGCGGAGAUAGAGGCGGUGAACAUGGCUCACGCAUCAUCCGCACAAACUCUGGUUGGGAUGCCGUUCUUCUUCAAAGACAAUUUCCGGCUACGGAUUCCUGUCCCUGGAUCAAUGACUUUCCCUACACCUCUAUGUUAUCCCGGGAGCAACAUGCAAGCUUUACCUUUGUACAAUUUUUAUAAUAAAAUUGAAUAGAAUGAUUGCCUGA